CUCGGGGGCACGGUUUUGGCCAAUGGCCUUUGAGAACGGGCGGAUCCAGCAAUUCGACAGCACCAUGUCGGCUAUCUCGUCGUCGGACGGCGCCGUGAGCGGCGGCGACAGCGACGUGGACUCGGGCUACUCCAAGAGUAUUGACUUCGCUGAGACCGGCUCGGACACGGCGCCAAGCACGCCCAAGACUGACGAUGUCUCCGAGGCCGGCACGUCGUCGGACGACGAGCCACUCAGUGUCUUUCGCGAAGGCGUCCGGAAGCGCAAGACGGCCCGACACGGCGACUACCGGUAUACCGAGGUCGUCGAGAGCGAGUCCGAGGGCGAGCCGGCGCGCCACGAGACCUUGCGAGACUACUCGUACGAAGGCGAGCUCGAGAUGCUCCAUGUGCCCCGUAUGGCGUACCCGUUCCCGUCGUACCUCCGCCAGAUUGCGACCGAGAUCACGUCGACGCCCUCUGCUGCGAGCCAGCACCCGUUGCUGUCGUCACCGUCGUCCUUUAUCGCGUGCCAAAACCUGCCAUUGUACCUCCACCGGCGUCUUCCCAAUACACAUGCACCAACCGCACGCAAGCGCGCCCGGUCGCUGAGUUACGAAAGCGACAUCGAUGGUCUUAGCGACGCGUCGAUGCUCAGCAGCCACAGCGACGACUAGUCGGCUCCUCAUUGUCGACAAAACCCGACCACAACAACAACAAAAUGGCAACGUGUUCGCUCCGUAGCUUAGGCCAAGAGGUGCGUAAAGAGGUCGCGGUAAAUGUAAAUGCCCUUGAGAAACGUA